ACAGGGAAUACCCUGAUGUUCAAUCUCUUCUGCCUGGCGAAAAACCCGGAAGCCCAGGAGAAACUUUACCGAGAGAUCCAGGAGGUGGUCCCAGCCGGGCAGCCCAUAGGUGAUAAGGUGUUGAACAGGAUGCACUACCUGCGGGCCGUGGUGAAGGAAACUUUUAGGGUCUACCCUACCGUCCCCAACAACCUGAGAAAGCUGGACCGAGACAUCGUGUUGUCGGGCUAUCGCGUCCCUGCGAAGACGACCGUCUUCAUGGUUGAUGACGUCAUCAGCUCGCUUCCGGAAUACUAUCCGGAACCGGAAGUCUACAAACCUGAAAGAUGGCUCCGUGAUGACGAGUCCAGCAGUGUCCAGCCGUUCACCCUGCUGCCGUUCGGCUACGGACCGAGGAUGUGCAUCGGUCGGCGUUUUGCAGAACAAGAACUGCAUCUCGGAUUGAUCAGGAUUGUGCAAAACUUCCACGUCGGAUGGGCAGGAGAAGACAUGAAGCAGGUGAACAGGAUGGUGUUUGCUCCGGACAGGGACACCUUCGUCUUCUCCGAAAGAACUUAGAGAUCACAUCUACCAAGUAUCAAAUCAUGCUCCUUGGACUGUUCAGGUGAUAAAACAACGAUUGGUGAAAUUUGGACAACAUAGUUUGGCAGAAAGUGGGUCAGAGAACUGCUCGAGACAGCGGAGCAUUGCUGAGUAGAGUGAAAUACCAUGCUAAACUUUCUUUCAACACAAAGAUAUACAGGGGUCAAAUUUUCAACGUCUGUCGACGUCUCAGGUACUCUAAGAGUGGAGUACUGGAGACACUUCCACAUUAGAGAUCAAACGUUUGGCAAGCCAUCCACCGACAGUGAAAAAACGUAUGCAUAUGAAAUAUCAAAUUUUUAUAUUUGAGAAAUGUGACAAUUGUUUAAUAAUAUAAACAUACAUCAUUACACAUACAUGGUGCGAAACACAUAAUCGAUCGAGUCAAAUCUGAUAUCUGGUUCGUGUCCGUUCAUUUAUUUAUCAAUCUUUUAGGGUCUGGGUCACUUCUUUUACUGUUUAAGUAUUUUAAGGUUAUUUAUAGCAUAUUAAACAUAUUAUUGAUUAUCACAAAGGAAAUUUUUUAAUUGUAAAUCUCAUUUUAAGGCAUUUUCGUCAUUUUACAGUUAUUUUCCAUUAAUUGACAACGCUGCGUGUCUAAUAACAUGUUCAUUUUGUCCAGAAACGCAACAGUGACACACGUCAGUGUGAGUGCAAGAGAAAACCGGCGAAAA